AUGAUGUUAAGAAGAGCAGCUUCAAGAUUACCAAUCAACCAGAUUGUCAAUCAAUCCUCCACCACCGUCGGUAGAUUAUCUACUUUAUCUUUUAUCAACUCUACCACUUCUACUAGCAGCAGUUCACUCACAUCAUACAACAACAACUUUUAUACUAACAACAAUAAUGUAAGAAACUAUUGUCAAAAGAAUAAAGUUGAAGAUGAAGAUAUGCCAGAAGCAUUAUCAUCGAUUCAAGGAGAAGAUUCGAUCAUUGAAGAGACUGAAAAGGUUGUAGGUGUGGCCGACAAGCACAGCUUCCAAACCGAGACACAAAAGAUCUUGCAUAUUGUGGCCGAGAGUUUGUACACUGAAAAGGAGGUGUUUAUCAGAGAGUUGAUCUCGAAUGCAUCCGAUGCCAUUGAAAAGGCUCGUCACUUGCAAUUGACAUCGCAAAAGAUUAUGGACGGCGAUUUGCCAUUUGAGAUCAAGAUUGCAACCGACGACGACAAAAAGACACUCAUCAUUCAAGACACUGGUGUCGGUAUGACCAAGGAGGAGCUCAUCAAGAAUCUCGGACGUAUUGGGUACUCUGGCACUGGCGACUUCCUCAAGAACCUCGGCGACAACCCCGACAAGGCCUCUGUGAUUGGUCAGUUUGGUGUGGGUUUCUACAGUUGUUUCAUGGUUGGUCACACGAUCAAGGUGUACUCGCGCUCGGCUGCUGUCGGCAGCAAGGGAUACUUGUGGGAGAGUGACGGUGCCGGCUCGUACUCGAUCAGCGAAGCUGACGGCGUGCAACGUGGUACCAAGAUCAUCAUCCACCUCAAACCAAACUCGUACGAGUUUGCCAAAAAGGCAACGGUCGAGGCGAUCAUUAAAAAGUACAGCAACUUUGUUGGCUUCCCCAUCGCGUUGAAUGGACAGGCUGUCAACACCAUCAAGGCACUCUGGACACUCAACAAGUCCCAAGUGACCGACGAAGAGCACAAGGAGUUUUACCAGUUUAUCUCCAAGUCGUACGACACCCCCAACUACAAGAUCCACUUUGCCACCGACACACCGUUGACUAUCCGCUCCAUCUUUUACAUCCCAUCACAACACGUUGAAAAGUAUGGUAUGGGACGUAUGGAACCAGGCGUCUCUCUCUUUUCGCGUAAAGUGUUGAUCCAGCAAAAGGCCAAGGGUCUGUUGCCCGACUGGAUGCGUUUCGUGCGUGGUGUCGUCGAUUCCGAGGACAUCCCAUUAAACGUGUCACGUGAACACCUUCAAGACAAUGGUUUGAUCCAACGUAUCUCACAAGUGUUGGUCAAGCGUAUCCUCAAGACACUCGACGACGAGAGUAAACGUGACCCAGCCAAAUUCAACGUAUUCAUGAAUGAAUUUGCCGGUUUCUUCAAGGAGGGUUUGAUCACUGAUUUCAAGUGGAAGGAUGAUAUCUCUCGUUUGUUGCGUUUCGAAAGCUCACACGAAGACUUGGAAGCAGACAACAAGAACACAUCACUCGAAGAAUACACCAAGCGUAUGAAACCAGACCAAAACCAAAUCUUUUACAUUACCGUACCCAGUCGCGAGGUUGCACUCUCUAGUCCCUACUAUGAGCCAUUCAAAAACAAGGGUGUCGAAGUCUUUUUCCUCUACAACACUUUGGACGACUUUGUCUUUUCCAAUAUCGGUCAUUUUGGCGACAAGAAGAUCGUCUCUGUUGAAUCUAAAGAAGCUGAAGAGUUUAUUUCAAAGGACCAAGAAAAGCUUAAAGACACACUAUCACAAUCCGAAGUAUCCGACUUUUUGAAAUGGAUCACCGAUGUUUGUGGCGACAAGGUUUCAAUGGCCAAGGCUACCACCCGUAACACUUCCACACCCGCUCUUAUCGUAGACCACGAGUCUGCCACCUUCCGUCGUAUGAUGAAGAUGAUGGAUCCAUCCAAACAACACGAUAUCCCCAAACAACAAGUAGAAUUCAACAUGAACCACUCAAUCGUCCUCAAGUUACAUGCUCAACGUCAAAUCAACCCAGCUAUCGCCAAAUUGGUUGCCGAACAAAUCGUAGACAAUGCUCUCGUCACUGCCGGUCUCUACGAAGAUUCCCGUACAAUGGUUCCACGUUUAAAUUCAAUCCUAGAUAAUUUAUUAACUCAAUCUCAACAACAUGUUAAUAAAUAA